AAGAGUCUAGAGUUUAGCUUGUGCAGCUCUUAUUAUAAAACUUGCUAAGCGAUGUGUUCACGUGGAAAAUAUGCAUCGCAGGAUAGAGCUUUUUGAAAUACGUCUUUAUCAAGUCAUGACGGCGGCAAUUCUAUCUUGGCUCAGCAACAGCCUUAGCGUUGUUCUUAUUGUGGUCGGUAUAUUUUACGCGUAUGCAAAAUACAAGCUGAAUUACUGGAAGAGACGCGGAGUUCCUUCGCCUCCGACACAUUUGAUUUUUGGAAAUUUCAAAGAUGCGGUAUUCUUCAAAACGUCACCACCUCAGAUCAUGGCCAAAAUACAGGAGCAGGCCGGAGAGGAUACACCCUUUGUUGGGUUUCACAUUUUCCACAGACCGUGCUUGAUUGUGAAAGAUCCUGAUCUAAUAAGAACCAUCUUGAUCAAAGACUUCGAGGCAUUUCCUAAUCGUCAUUUUGCUAAACAUGCCAAAAGAGAUAUCCCUGGUUCUCAGAACUUAUUUUCCAUGAAUAAUCCGAAGUGGAAAUACGUGAGGUCUAAGAUAACGCCGAUAUUAACGUCUGUGAAAUUGAAAAAAAUGGUACCUCUGAUGAUUGAAACUGCUCGAGAAAUGCUGAAAUACAUCGAUUCACAUCCUGCUGAUAGUCAUUUGAGGAAAGCUAUGAAAAUGAGAGAUACAAGUUCGAAAUACACAACUGAUAUAAUUUCUUCGCUAGCUUUCGGAAUUCAGACAAACUCGUUUCUGCAUCCUGAACCAGAAUUUCGAACUCGGGGUCGCAAGUUAUUUGACAUAACUCUACGUCGCACGCUCUCGUUAUUCGUAAUGUUUUUCUUUUCCGAGCUGUCUGAUAUGUUGAGAACGUCGAUGCUGGGCGAAUCUGAAAAAUUUUUCAGAGAUAUUUUCUGGGCCUCUGUACAUGCACGAGAAGAAUCGGGCAAGCAUCGAGGAGACCUCAUCGAUUCUCUUAUACAAUUGAAAAAUGCCGAGCAGGUGUCCGAUUUUGAAUUUAGCGGGGAUCACCUCUUCGCACAAUCGGCAAUCUUCUUCGUUGCUGGCCACGAAACUAGCUCACUGACGAUGUCGUUCACUCUUUUCGAGUUGGCAAAAAACCCAGAAAUACAAAAACGAGCUCGUCAAGAUGUCCGGUACCAGUUGAAGAAGCACGGUGUUACACAGGAGGCUUUCCAAGAGAUGAAAUACCUCAACCAGGUGAUAUCGGAAACAUUACGGAUGUACCCACCAGCUCCAAUCAUAGACAGAGUUGCAGAGAGAGACUAUAAGAUUCCUGGCAGCGACCUCGUUAUCGAAAAGGGAACCCCGGUCUACGUUCCGCUUCUCGGAUUGCAUUACAACCCUAAAUAUCAUCCAGAACCUUGGAAAUUCGACCCGGACAGGUUCAGUGAUGAGCGCAAAAAGUCCCUUGUACCCAUGACGUAUAUGCCCUUCGGAGAAGGACCCAGAUACUGUGUCGGUCAGAGGAUUGGACAAUUGCAAUCGCUGAUAGGCUUGGGUAUGAUUCUAAGCGAAUACGAAAUAAGUUUAAACCCGGAUAUCGAUACGGUCGUAAGUCCGAAAUCAAUAUUUUUGGCACCGUCAAACGACAUAAACUUGAUAUUAAAGAAAGACACUCCGAACGUGUCCAACUAACAGGAAUACCGCUUUUCGCGCUAUUCGCCAUGCAUGCAGUCUGCGCUGUGUUCGCCCAAGAGGUUUCGACAACGCCUGUGAACCUGAGGAAUUGACCCUACACCAAUAUUGUACAAAUCAGAAUCUUGUUCUAUCCAACGUAUAUUAUCGUGGGAACAAGUCGAGCCACGCAUUGAGUAAAGGCACAAGAAAUCUACUCCGCAUUUCUACAUCAAAUACUCGGCACCCUCUUCUAUCGCCGAGUUAUCAAGCCAAGGAUGCGCGCGUCUUCGGCGGCAGCACGUGUACCUACCGUAUAUUCCUACCCUUGUUCUGUGUGAGAACUGGUGGCGGUGGUAUAACGUGGUUCGCCCCUGCCGACUCCACGAGGCCGAGGGUGAAACGGGGCUACGCGGCGUCCGUUUCUCGGGUAGGCGAUCUUUCUGCCUAUUUUACCAAACAUCAAAUCUCAUAUCCUUUAACUCGAUUCGCCUACAAGUUUUAUCGAUAAUAAUUUCCCACGUCUCGUUGAGUGAUCACCUCGGUAUAAGUUAAUAAUUCAAAUUGUAAAAUACUGUUUGCAUAUAGUUUUGGUAAAGAGGAGCUAAAAAUACGUGCAAAGAAAAGGAUAUAAUAUUAUACGUUCCGAUUCGUAUGUAUGCAUGCUUAUUAUAUAUAUUUUACUGUUAUAGUGAUGUAAUUUUCAUGAUUUCUUUUAUCUUCCUUUUCCAAUAUACAUAGACUUGGAAUUGAAACAGAAAAGCCAGAAACUUAGCGGAUGAUAUUUUUAGACAGAAUCACUAUAUUUUUAAUGAUCUGAUUCAAAUCGAUACAUUUGAAUAAGAAUCGCAGGAAUACUUUUUAUCAUGUCAUGUUGACUCUUCGCGCUGUAUGAGAAAACAAAUGUUUUGAUCCAAAGUUAACUAAAAAUUGAAAAUGUUUGCCAAACUUCAAUCGAUGCGGAAAGUUUUCUGUCGUCUAUAUGCUGAAUAUAUUUAUGAGAAGAAAGAUUUGAUUUAGAUAUAAUACGGGCAACAUUUGCCAAAUGAUGAGAAAUUUAUAUCCGAUACCUUGGGAAUUCGCUAAGGUUUUGCUGACAUUAUUAUUUGGAUUGUCGAUCAACAGCGCAUACGCACACUGCCGCGGUUGCUUGAAACGUUAGCGAGUGCCUGACCCCAGGCCUUCUUAUUAAUUUAUAUCUCACUUCGACAUAUACCGGGUGUCUCGAGUCGACCUAUUCUCAGGCUUGCACGGUUCUUCUAUUCGUAUACCGUCAAAGAAGCCACCGUACGCACGACAAGAAACAAAGCGUGAAUUUUUAACAAUUGGUAUAAACUAUGUACGUGACGCUA